AUGGAACACAACAAGAUGGACGCCUCGGCUACAGGCACUGACGACUAUGAUCCCUGCGCCAAUGCCAAGGUCACCUCACCCUUUUACACGUACAACCACGACUCGCCUCGCCCAUCUUUCGACGUCAACCUCAAGUCCUUUCCUCAAGUAACUCUCCAGGACCUCGAAGCCGGCGGUGAUGGCACUACCCCGAGCCUAUCCCCGACCGUCACCCAAGAAAAGCGAGACGCACAGCAGAAGAACAUCCGUGAACAGGCAGGUGGCAGCGGCGGAAGACUCGUCAACAAGUCGUGGCGGUUCUGGCACGGACCACAGAAGCAACAGUGCAUGACGAAACCAAAACAACGUGGUUGUGCAUGGUUGAAGCAGAUGCCCAAACGUCAACGGAUCAUGGUCAAGGUGCUCAUCGCCCUGGUCAUUGUCGGUGCCAUGGUGGGUAUCGCAGUGGGUAUCACGGCCGCGGUCCAUGGUGGGGUGUACAAGAAUAACAACUCUACUACAUCCAUCGAUUGA